UGCUGUCUGUCCCCAGGAGUUAGGGACACAUCCCAAGGGGAGCCUGCCCUCCCACUCUGAGCUGUCCCUUCCUGCCAGCUCCCAUGCUCAUACCCCAUAUGCCCUCCCCUCUCCUGGUUCCAAGCAAGACACAGCCUGGCCAGGGGAGCAAGAACCCUGGCCCCCUCCUCCAGGAAGGCCUCCGGCCUCCCACCGCAGGCCAGGGUCCCACAGUCCUUGCUACUGCACCUUUUUCCCCAGCUCUGCCCUCCGCAGGUCAGGGACAUCUGUGUCCCAACAUCACCCAGCACGGAACUCGCCCUGACUACCUGUCAGUGAACCCAUGACUGGUGAAUGAGCCCUUGAAUGAGUGCAUUACAAAAUGAAGCAGAAUCGUACUGGGGACAGGAAGAAAAGGAAUUGGAUCUCCAUUUAAGGUUGAAGAUCUGGUGUCGUAACCAUGUCCAUUGCGAUACGUAGCUGUCCUGAUGCCGAGCCUACGGAGACACCAAGCGAGCCCUAAGGCACCCAGCCCUGUGCGGCCAGGCUCUGGCCAGCUGUCGGGCAUGCACAGCGAGCCAAGGCAGUGCGCACGCGCGCCACCCCCCCCCCGCCACCGCCCCUUGCGGCUCCGACUACAACCCCCAGGAUGCACCGGGCCCCGCGGCCUUUCAAACCGGCCAAUCAGCAGCCCGCAGCGCUUCCUGCGCGCCCCGUUUAAAUUCAGGGCGCAGGCGCGUCGGCUGGGGUAUCACGGCGGCACUGGCCGGUGCUGCAGCGGCCCGCACGGUGGGGGCUUCCCUGCGGGCCUGGGGGAACCCGGGCUCCGACACCCGCCCCGCUUCUGUCUCCUGUUCCUUGCUGUGACCUCUGACAGCCCUGGCCGCGGAAGGAGGAAGCGACGUGCCUUCAGCCUGCCUGGCCCCCCCAGGAAGCGGAGAUGGAGGCUCCCAAGAAGGAAGCCUGCGAGACAGAAACCAGCUAGUCCUCCCAGGAUGAAAAUCCAAAAUGAAAAGGACGCCCACAGCAGCGUGCCCCCGGACAAGCUCAGCACCACCCGGGACGUCGCCAGCGUGCCAGCCAGUGGAAGCCACUUGGUCCCAGGCAAGCGGUCGCUCCCUGUUCCAAACAAGUCCGGGCCGAAGAAAACCAUGCUGAAACCACCUGGGUGUGCUGGUGGCCUGGCAGGAAGGUCCUCGUCAGGGUCUGUCUCGGGCCUGAGCUCCGCGGCACGUGCUUCCCCUGCGACUAGCGGAGCUAAGCCCAGUGAGCGUCCAGGCAUCUCUGCGGACAGUGCCCGGUCAAGCUCCAGCCAGACGGGCAGAACGGGGCUCGCCCUGCCACGGCCGUCCCUGCAGGCGGGCCCCGGGGGCGUGGCCUGCAGGCAAAGCCAGAGGCCAGGGGCUGCGGAGUGGACGGCGGAGCGGCCCAGGGGGCCCCCCAGAGCGUCUCUCCCCCAGCCCCAGACCCCGGAACAGGGAGGCCCUGGGCCGAGCUCUCGUUGUGGUUCGUCACAGUCUUCUCAACGGGAUAAGACCGCGGGUACAAGAAGGCGCGAUUCCUGUCUAAACUCCAAGACAAAGGCUGUGGCUACCCCUACGAAUCAAUUUAAAAUUCCCAGAUUUUCUACUGGUGAAGCCCUGGACGGUGCGACGCCAAAGUCCUGUCGGGCGCAGCGGCUGCAGUCCUGCACGUCGGUGGGGAGGGUGGCCCACAGCACUCCCAUGAGGUGGUCCUCAGCCGCGCAGAGCCUUGUCAGCAGCGUGAGGACCCCUGUGAGCACGAGGCGCCUAUCGGCCCUGCCCACGCCUGCCGGCCGCCGGCUCUCCAGCCUCCCUCUGGCAACCCCCACGACUGUGCCCAGGCUCCUGGCUUCUCCCCUGCCUGCAUCUGCUCAGCAACUCUCUUCUGAGCCCCAGAAAAAGUCCACAGUGAGAGCUGCACCUGCCAUGGAGGGCGACGGCCAGCCUGCAUCCAGGCGCCCCGGCUUGGCCCCCGACGGCAGCUGCUCACCUCUAUGUACUGUGCCGCGGGCACUGGACUUCUCUCCAGAAAAGAGUGGUUUUACUUUUUCACAAAGUAUCACUGCAGAAGUCACCCUGGAUGAAGCACAGCCCCCUGAAGCCACAGCCCCCAGUGAGGCUCUCCUCGUGGAUCUCAGACUGGAUCAACUCAGCCUCACCGUGGAGGCUGCGGCCACAGCCCUAGACGACCGGCCGCUCAUUGACUUCUGCAGAAGCCCCGAGGCAGUUGUGGCCCUGCGGUCUGGAAGUGGGCCUCUAGUUGACCUCCUGACAAACACCCCAGAGGCAAACAGGAAGGCCGUGGCCAAGCUCCCGGACGAGGUGAGACAGCUCAUAGACUUGGCUUCCCCUCUGAUCCUGCUGAGCCCCGACGCUGACAAGGAAAACGUGGAGUCUCCGCUCCUCAAGUUCUGAGUGGAGUGAAACAGUUCUUUGCACUUCACUCAGUUACAAGAACAGUCCUAAAGUAGUAUUCAACUGUCGGAGAUAAAUUUUAGAAGAGUUUGUGUUGGAAAAGUUGUAAAACGAAACAAAAAGCUAAGUAAAGUUACCAUGCCUGAAGUGGGCUAUGGGGUUGGGGGGCGGUGUCUGGCCACCUGAGGUCACUGCAGGCCAAUGGCCCCCGUCCUCCCGGCCCCGCUUGCGUGCUGGGUGCAGAGUGAAGAAUGGGUACGCUCCGGAUGAGUCUGGAUUUUUUGCAUGUAAAAUAGCAAGUGACCAUCUUUUAAGUUAAGAUUGUAUGAAAAGUUAAAUAUUCUAGUUUAAGUUCAAUGGUAAAGUAAAUGAAAAUGGAUUAAACCA